GUACAAGAAGGCAUUGGAAAUAUUCUUCUAAAGGAAGCAAAAAUGAAGGAUACUGGGAAUUACUCAUGCAACUUCAUUUUCUUAACUGGCAGUCCUGUCAGCAAGACCAUCCAGUUGAAAGUUCAGGGUUUAUUACCUGACUGAUGAUUCUGACUGACUGACUGUUGGCUGCAUUUAAAGAAAAAUAAACAAACAAAUGUGGAAUACCGAGUAAUAUCCUCUUUGUGCACUGGGUUGCCCUUUCCGUGGGGAGAAAACGGAACAGUAAUAAACCAAACGGCCUGAGCGCAUCAAGCUAAGUCUGCCCGCCCUAUCAGCAUUGACCAGUGAAGGAGCACCAAGAGAAGAGGAAUAGACCCCUCUAUGUAACGGCGCUUUGGUCAGUGCAGGGAAAGAAAGGAAGAUGGAUUCAAGCGAAUUAGCUGCUCUAAAAGGAAAGCGCUCAAAAGCACAAGCCUCUUUCAGCAAGAAAGCCAAUAAGCUGUCCCUCACUGUAGACCUCCUAGAGAAAAAGGUGCUUAUCGACGAGAUCAGAGCACUUGCUGUGGACUUUGGAAGGGUGCACGAUGCUGGUCUCGAAUAUGUUGAUGCUCUUGGAGAAGUGGAAAGUGAGAAAGAAAAAGAACAAGCAGGAAAAGAAGCGGCUCACGUAAAGGAGAAAACGGCGACCUGCCUUGUCACCUAUACAGAAGCACUCGAGCUCGCUAGGGAGACGUUAUGGUCCAAAUUCGCCUACGGUGACUUUAAAUUGUACGCCGACGGUGCAGAGGAGAAAUGUACUGAAGUGGAGGGUACUGAUGUGAAGAAGUUGCCACAAGAAGACUUUGAAGUCCUGAGAGAGAGCCUGGUGGAGAGAAUCAGAAUGCUUCAGCAGAAGGUGCUUGAAUGGGAAGGUCUUCUCUCUGGAGCCAAGACAACAGCAUACAAGCAGCAGCUAUACAAGCUGGGCAACAGACUGCAUGACUGGGUGCGGAGCUGGCAAAAGUUGAGGCGGACUGGAGAGCUUAAUGCAAGUGAUGGAGAGCUGAGCGACUCUGGUGAGGAGCCCCGAAUCCCCAAUGGAGUGCCUGUACCUGCAGAACCUGUACCUGUAGUCCCUGCAUCUCCAUACGCACCACCACAAAACAUCCCUGACCUGCAUCCUGGCUUCAGACCACAGAUCAACCUUGAAAGAACACGCCUGCCUAUGUUCUCGGGAGACAUGACUGACUACUACCGGUGGAAAGCUGAGUGGGAAGAGCUGGAACAACUGGGAAACCCACGGAGGACAGCUGGUGUCACAAGGUUCCACCUCCUGGCAAGUCUCAGUGACAGGGUGAAGAAAGACUUGGUCCUCUCCAGCUGUGCUUCGGCGGAUGAAAUGUUCAGGCGCCUCGACAACCGCUUCGGGAACAAGGCGAAAAUUGUCCUGAAGAUAUCCGAAGAGGUUCAGGCCCUACCCCCCGUAAAGGGGGACAACCCUAGGAAAGCAAUUGAGCUGAUUCAAGCUGUGGAGCGUGCCCUUAGUAACCUUGUGAUCCUGGGAGAAGAGGAGGUCAUAAAGAACCGCUGGGUAGCGCAGUCCCUUGAAAGUAAGCUACCAAGCUCUCUGAAGGAGAAAUGGAUUGCGCACAAGACUGAGCCUGUGAAUGGGUUUGAUCCACAUAACCACUUUGACUGCCUACUGUGUUUCCUGAAGAAGCAGGAGGUAAUCUUGGAGGAGCUGGACCAGCUGGAGCCAAGUCCAAGAGAGGGAAGCGCCUCAGUGAAAGGCCCGGCAGACAGGCCAGAAAGAGGAGUCAGAAAAGCAUUCUCCAAAGCUACCUCAGGCCAAAGAGAGUCUCCGUUGAAGCCACGCUUGGGCUCGUGCACUGCCUGUGCUGAUGAGACACACACUGGUAGGCUGUUUGCCUGCAAAGCCUUCAGGGAGAUGGAUCUCCAGAGGAGAAAGGCCCAUCUGAAGACCCAUGGGAUAUGCAAUCGGUGUCUGUGCAUGCACCUAAAGGAUGGCCGUUGCAACCAGAAGUUUCUCUGCAGUAAAUUGGACUGCCGCAAAGAAGAGUCUCACCACUAUCUUCUCUGUCCCAAGUCCAUCGCUCAAGAGAAAGAUGCUGGCAGCGAGAUGCAAGGUACCAAAAGGAUGGAGAGAAAAGGCCUCGGGCUGACCAGCAAGCAAGAAGAGCUCCUGGCGAAAGUCACUCCAGAGCUAAGAGCAGAAUUCAGGAAGGCAUUCACCAACAAAGCCUCAACCACAAUCUGCACUGUUGGAGGUGGACUGAAAGAGUACCCUGUUGUAAUGAUGUUGUUAGAAGUGACCACUAACUCAGGCCAGCUGAUAGGCACCCUUAUUGACCUUGCCUCUGACACCAACUAUAUAACAAACAACGCUGCCCAGCGACUUGGACUGAUUGGUGAGAGCAUCAAGUUAAUCGUCCAUGGGAUAGGAGGGAUGACAACAACAGUUCCAACCAAGAGGUACUCCCUACGGCUAAGAGUGAAGACCACCAAGGGGACUGUGAUGGAACACAAACUACUCUGCUACGGCCUGGAGAGUAUUGCAGAGAUAAGUCAGCAUGUCACUCCGCAGCAACUGCAAAAGAUCUUUCCUGACGUCGCUGCAGAGGAGCUGGUCCGCCCUGAGAACAUCGAUCUUCUGAUCAGCCACAGGGAAGGUCGACUAGUUCCACAGCCGUUCAAGUUGGAGGGAGAUCUAGUCCUCUGGGAUGGCCCAUUGGGCAAAACUGUUGCCGGUACUCACCCUGAUCUCUUUGAGGUGGUCGACCUAACGCUGCACCAGUCUGAGACUCACUUUGCAAGGUCAAUGAGGACAUCCUCAAGGAUGUACAAGGAGGUUGUUGUGGCAACUGAAGACCUGAGUGAUGACCCAACAAGGAUGGAAAAAGUGACCCUCAGCAGCACCACUGCCACAAGUAAGGAGGUGUUUGAGUGGUUCAAGUGGGAUAGUAUCGGAGCAGCGUGUGACCCGAAAUGCGGAAGCUGUAAGUGCAGCAAAUGUCCUCCAGGAGGCAAAGAGAUGACCCUUGGAGAAGAAAGGGACUUAGAAAAAAUAAAGGACUGCCUCUCUUAUGUGUUAGCAGACAAACACAGCGACACCCCACACUGGGACGCGGCCUACCCAUGGAAAGUAAGCCCAGCGAUUCUGCCAGAUAACCGCCGAGCAGUGGAAGCCACCUUCAAGAACACAGAGGCUCGGUUGGCAAGAGAGCCUGUGUGGAAAGCAGCAUAUGGAGAGCAGAUCCACGAGAUGGUAUCAAGAGGAGCAGCCAUCAAGCUCACAAAGGAAGAGAUCGAGGGCUGGAACGGUCCAAUCUGGUACAUCAGCCAUCUUGUUGCCCCAAAUCCUCAUUCUAGCUCAACGCCAGUGAGGAUAGUCUGGAAUAGUAGCCAGGAGUUUAAGGGAUUGAGCCUGAACAACCUCCUGCACAAAGGCCCAGAUGUCCUCAACCCAAUCCGAGGUGUUUUGCUGAGAUUCAGGAGCAGAUUGUAUGCUGCUCUUGGUGAUGUGAAGAAAAUGUAUAAUUCAGUGUGGCUGAAGGACGAAGAGGUCCACCUCCAUCGAUUCCUCUGGAGGGAUAACCCCGAAGAUGAAAUUUGUGUGUUUGCUGUCGUCAGGGUCAACAUUGGUGACAAGCCUGCCGGAUGCAUUGCUCAGAUCGCCAUGAGAGAAACGGCAAACCUACCUCAGUUCACGUCCAUGGUUGAAGAGCGUCGGAUCCUUACAGAAGACUGCUAUGUGGACGACAUCUUGACUUCGCAUAAUGACCUCCAAACUUUGUUUAGGAUGACCAAAGGAGUGGAAAAGAUCCUAAAAGCAGGUGGCUUCUCCCUCAAGCCAUGGGUCCUGACAGGCCAAAGUGGGAGGAGUGAGAAACCCACUGACUCCAGCAAUAUCAGGCUAACAGAGCCAAAGACCCUGAUACUCCCCAACCAGAUGCGGGACGAGGAGAAUAAGGCGUUGGGAUUAGGAUAUGAACCCGAAUCUGACAAACUCCGUGUGCUGACGUCAGUAAACUUUUCAAGGAGGCGAGGAAAGAUGAGGACUGGUCUGGAUCUUCGAGAGGAUGAGAUCAGAGGCAGCACUCCCGACCCUCUCACCCGACGCAUGCUGCUGAGUCAGAUUGCAGGGUUCUAUGACCCCAUUGGCCUGGCUUCACCUGCCAAGCAACGUGGAGUGAUGCUCAUCAGAGAGUCCUUUCAGGAAGCAGGAAGAGACCAUCUCACCAAGGACAUCUGGGACAAUCCUCUUUCGCCACGUCUUCGAGAGGCUGCAAUAACACUCUUUGAGCAGUAUGUGAGGCUUGGCCAGCUCCGAUUCGACAGGAGUCUCACACCCCAUGGAGCCAUAGGCCGCCCAAUGGGGAUUACGUUUUCUGAUGGUAGUGAAGCUUCCUACGGAGCCAUUCUUUACCUACGGUGGGAGACAGAAGAUGGAGUCGUAGUGAAGCUGGUCGAAUCAAAGGCCAAGCUCACUCCCCUAGACCAGAAAGGUGAUGUCAUUAAAGCAGAGCUAUGCGGGGCUGUCUUUGCAUGCCGCCUGAAGACAUACUUCGAGAAGCACUGCUACAUCCAGGUCGCUCGGUGGAUCCAUUUUGUCGAUAGUCAGACAAUCCUGGGAGCCAUACAGAAGGAUAGUUAUGGCUAUCAGACAUUUUUUGCAAACAGGAUUGGAGAAAUCCACAAGGCUGGAUCAGUAGACAGCUGGAGGUGGGUUGAAGGAAGACAGAACAUCGCCGACAUCAUCACAAGGGGGGCAUCCCCUGAGGAGCUUGGUGAAGGAUCAGUCUGGCAAGAAGGCCCACAAUUUUUAAAGCUGCCUGAAUCAGAUUGGCCUGUGAAGACUGCCAGAGAGAUCAACCCCUCUGUGACUGAAGAGAUUGGGGGACUUCGGAGGAAGGCGUUCUCAGCACUGGUCAAGGUAGAAGCCCAGCCCAGGAAAUGGUCAGGCUCAAUCAGUGUUGCGCUUGUGCACCUUGUGGAUCCCCAAAAGUUCAGUUCACAGACACGGUUGUGCGGAACCAUUGCCUGGAUGAGACGAGCUGUAGGAAUCUGGCUGGGCAACAGCCAGGCCCCAGGUCAGUCAAAGUGGGAGGCAAGACCAUACCUGUCUGUGGAAGAAAGAGCAACAGCUUUCAAAGAUCUAGCUCUCGCAGCUCAAGAUGGUGUUGAGUUCCGCGACACAACCCUGGAUCGACUGGUUGUUCAGAAGGAAGAAAAGACUGGACUAUUGCUUUGCGGAGGAAGAAUCCAAAGCUGGAAUAAGGACAGAGUGGCUGUACCGUUAAUCCCAUGCCAGUCGUGGCUUGCAACCCUACUGGCCAGUGAGGCACAUGAAGAAAACCAUGAAGGUGUCGCUUCUACUCUUCUACGGACAAGAAAGAAAGCCUGGAUCAUGCAGGGACGAAGAACAGUUAAGAAGGUACUGAACAACUGUGUCACCUGCAGAAAGCAAAGAGCCAAGAUGUGCCAGCAAGUAAUGAGUAAUCUCCCUCAAGAGCGUACUAAAAGAGCAAGCCCAUUUGAGUAUACCACCCUCGACCUUUUUGGCCCCUUCGAGGUGAAAGACUCUGUUAAACGAAGGACAAGCAAGAAGGUCUGGGGCAUUGUUUUCUGUUGUAUGACCUCGAGAGCCAUCCAUGCGGAUCUCACCGAUGACCAGUCAUCAGAAAGCUUCCUCCAAGCAUACUCCCGCUUUGUUGCUCUGAGGGGGCAUCCAAGGAAACUAUGGUCCGACAGAGGUACCAACUUUGUUGGGGCCAAGCCGGCUAUGCAUGAGUUGCAUAAACAUCUGGCUUGCCUGCAAGCUGUGUCCAUAGAAGAUGUAGCUGCUAAGAAUGGGACUGAGUGGAAGUGGGAUUUUCACCCUGCAGAUGCACCCCACAGGAAUGGAGCGGCAGAAGCUGCUGUGAAGCUUUUGAAGAGGGCGCUCAUGAGCCUUGGAGGAGCUACAGGGUCUCUCACAUGGGGAGAGCUCCAAACUCUGUUCUAUCAGGCGGCCAACCUGACAAAUGAACGCCCAAUCGAUGCCAGAGCUCAAGAACAGGAGGAUUCGGUUGGGUAUUUAACACCCAACUCCCUUAUACUGGGUCGAGCAUCGCUUGGAGGAGACACCAGCGGGCUUGACCUAGAGACCCAUUCCUGGCGUCGUCUAAGGGCUAUUCAAAUUGGAGUGGACCAGUUCUGGGCAAAGUGGAGGGAACUAGCUGGCCCAAAUCUGUUCAUUCGACACAAGUGGCACCGGACAGAGAGGAACGUCAAAGCCGGCGACCUUGUCUGGAUUGCUGACCCAAAUGCUUUGAGAGGUCAGUUUCGUCUGGGCCGAAUUCUGACAGUUUAUCCUGACAGCAAAGGGAUUGUCAGGGAUGCUGACAUUGCAACGUGUGCUGGCCUUCCUGUUUCCCUGGCAGGUGGCCAGAAGAAGAGGAGUUCUUCACUGCCCAUGACUGUAAUUAGAAGAGACGUGAGAAGACUGGUGGUCCUUCUCCCAGUGGAGGAAAAACUUCAUCCACCAGCUGCCAUGAAACCCGCCUCUUCCUGAACCCCUCUUCCCCUGGCCCAAACCCUCUCAUUCUGGCCCAAACCCCUGUCACCCUGUCACUGCCCUGACCCCUGCUGGCUGGUUGGUGUAAGCCUAGCGCUGCCACCAUGCCAAUCACUUUGCACAUACAUGAAGUAAGAGCAUACACAUCUCAUACCUCACAUACCCGGGCAGUACACCACACACCUGCCACAGGGAUGUGAUUGACUUGGACAUUGGACUAAGAUGCUCAUCAGACACUUACAGAGACAUUGUGCAAAGAAAAAGAAAAUUGUGAAAAAAGAAAAAUAAUGUGUGUGAUGUAAAAGAAAAAAAAAAAAAAAAAUCAAA